UUGUGUUAAUGCAGGCUAUAUGCCUGGCAUUUGCCAAAAAAAACCUGACUGACACAAUAAACCACUAUUACAACAUCACAAGUGGAAAAGGGAAACAGGAAGAUUUUGAUGUGCCGAUUCUGCAUAGAUGCCUCAGCCAUGUGAUGAAGAACGCAAAGGAAAUGUGCAGAAAGUAUGCAACAAACCACUACCACCUGGCAAUGCAUGUCUUUGGUGCCCUCACAACUGCAAGCACUUUAAAAGAACUGGAUGACAUGGUUCAAAGUGCUACAGUUGUCUUCUCCAGUCCAUCAUGUGGUGCAAGUGUUGAGAAGCACUUCAAGAACCUGCAAUCGUGGCUGCAGAAAAAAGGGACUCCGUUGGAUGAGACUACCGAGUCCAGAGGUGAUGCAGAGGACUUGAAGGACAUUACAGGAAGCAACAGAUUUGCAAAACGUUGCAAUGCAAUUAUUUCAAAUGCCCUGCUGGACAAGCAUGGAGAGCUCAAUGUGUACCAAUGCAAAGGGCUUAUCGAUCACCUCAAGAAAUACAUUCUACCAUUUGCUGGAUUAUGGACCGGGAUAAUGCUAGGUGACCUUGGACGACAUGGGACAGGACCACAAUAUGAGCAGUGCUCCAGGAGAUACAAUGCCCUGAGAAACCUUACAAGACAAAACAUUACACAGGACAAUAAAACUCAAGGAAUAAUGGAAAAGAGCCAGUGGGACUUAAAACAUAUUUGUUUUACUUCUGGCCGGCUCACCAGGCUUGAUGACUUUGUAGCCCAGUAUCAGAUUAGCCACACUGCACUCCUGAAGGAGUAUAAAGACUCCGAAAGGGUUUUCCGAAGGAAGACUUACAGAAAAAGAGUAGAACAAGAAAGAUGGAAAGAAAAGCAACAGAAAAAACGGGGAAGAUAUGUCACACCAAGCAAGCCUUUCCUUUUCAAGACAUCAAACAAGAAGUCUUCAGUGUCUGAGGGUCCCGUUGCUAAACAAAGCUCGCCACCACAGCCAAGGUCAUCCCUGGAGGGGGACCAUGAAGACAUUGUGGAUGAAAAGGCUGUACAUGGGGAGAUCUCAAACAAACCUAAGGCAACAGUAAAGACAACAGCAACCCAACAGCAUCAUCUCACCUCUUUGUGGAAAAGGAGAGACACUGAGUUUGUGGUUUCUGUGAUCCCUACACAAACCAAAGGAACAUCAAUUGUCAUUCGUCACAGUGAGCUGCGUACACUUCAGCCACACCAGUGGCUAACUGGCGAGAUAAUUGAAGCCCUGUUUCAUAUUGCUGCCAAUGAGCUAGAGAUGGGGAAUUCCAUUUACAUUCUUGAUCACUACACAGCAGGUGUGAUUCUGUUUGGGGAAAGACCUCAGCUUGCCCGGCAAAGUUUGUCAAAGAUUAACUUUGACAAUUACCAGGGAAUUGUUUCUUUUGUGAACACUGACAAUGUCCAUUGGAAGUUUCUGUGCAUAAAUGCGGUCAACCACACUGUGUACCUGGCAGAUCCUUCAAAAAGUUCUACAGAGGAAGAUGACUCAAUUCAUGCUGCCAAAAAAUUCAGAUCCAAUGUGACACAUGUGAAAGGUGGUACCAUGAAGAGUGCCUGGGUAUGGCCGAAGAAGGCCUGGAACAGGCCAGAGCUAACAACUGGAACUGCAUAUUGUGCUCUUAAAUCCUUUCAUUAAAACAAAUUUUUUCUUUU